UGCUCAGUGGAACGGGUGCUGCGUGGGCUGGGGGUCGACCAGUGCUUGCGUCUGCAGGUCCCCGAGCCUCCGAGGGAGGAGGUUAUUGAGAAGAGUCCCUGCCUCCGUCUACUCCGUCUCUUUGCCCUCGAGCGCCCGGGUCCCGCGAAUUCAAGGCAGCGCCCCGGAAAGGCCGUUCCGCCCCGCGAGGGAAACAGAGCCGUUGACCAUGGUUGCAACUGGCAGUUUGAGCAGUAAGAACCCGGCCUGCAUUUCGGAGUUGCUGGACCAUGGCUUCCACCAGGAGAGCCUGCUAAAUGAUUUUGACUACUGGGAUUACGUUGUUCCAGAACCGAACCUCAAUGAGGUGAUGUUUGAGGAGACAACUUGCCAGAGUUUGGCGAAAAUGCUGGAGAACUGUCUGUCCAAAUCAAAGCAGACCAAACUCGGUUGUUCGAAAGUCCUCGUCCCGGAGAAACUGACCCAGAGGAUUGCUCAGGAUGUCCUGCGGCUGUCCUCCACGGAGCCCUGCGGCCUGCGAGGUUGCAUCAUGCAUGUGAACUUGGAAAUCGAAAACGUAUGUAAAAAGCUGGAUAAGAUUGUGUGUGAUUCGAGCGUGGUGCCCACAUUUGAGCUGACGCUUGUGUUUAAGCAGGAGAACGGCUCAUGGACUAGCUUCAGGGACUUUUUCUUCAGCCGAGGUCGCUUCUCCUCUGGCCUCAAGCGAACUCUGAUCCUGAGCUCGGGAUUCCGACUCGUGAAGAAAAAGCUUUACUCCUUGAUUGGAACCACAGUCAUUGAAGAGUGCUGAAGAGCAGAGAUUUCAAAGGUCCUUUUUAUGAUUGGGUCCUUAACACUACGCAGCUGCUCCGAGAGAGUCAUUUUAGUCACCCUGCCUGCUCUCUACGUUUGAAACCCCAAACUGAGUCAUCUCCCUUCCAGGCUUCAUAUUUACGGCAACCCAACUAAAAGGCUGAGUUCAUGGCUUUUGAGAAAGGACCAGAGAAAGUGUACAAUUUUUUGCCUAUAUCACAUGUUUUUACAAAAUGGCAUGGACUAAAAGAAGCAGUCCACUUUAGUUUUCUAUUUGACCUUGCUUUUUCCAGGUAGUCUUGCUAAAUAGACGAUAAACCGAAUGUGCGUAAUUCGAUUUUCAUAUGGCUUUUUUUCUGUAUGUUUUAAGCAUAAUCCUUUCAAUCACAGAAACAUCAUGAUGCUUAGUCUGUCGAAACUUCCAGAAGCCCACACCGCUUUCCUGCCCCUACUGAAAUACGGGUUCCUAGACUGGAGGUUAGAACUUUGUGGGUGAAUGUAAUUAACACUUCACCCCAUGCAAGAGUGAUAUAUAAGAAAUGCCGGAACAAGAGCAGAACUACUUCUGUGUUUCUUUGCAUUUUCUCUGUGCUUCUGUUUUAGAGGUGGCAAAAGGCUGUAUUGGCCUCCAUGUAACCACAGUAUUGUUUAAAAUAACUUUACGGUACAUUCCAAGCUCCGUAAUUCUAGUUCUCAAAUACUGAAUGUUAUCUUUAAGCUAGAGGUGUGGAAAGGGUUGAACAGAUUUUUUUUUGCAUACAGUUAAUCACUCUUCCUUCCCCUGAGGGCAUUGGUGACUGUGUAAGGGGCUGGGAAGUGAGUUCUCAGAUCCACUUCCCUUCUCAUUCAUUUGAUAAUCUAGCUUCUUUUCAUUAGCACAGAUGCUUACCCUCAGAUGAAGCAUCUCACCCGGUCAGUGUUAUCUGGCUCUGACCUCUCCUGGGAACUGAGGUGUUUCUCCUUAACCUGAAUCUUCAAAGGAGAUCGUAGGUACAUGUUACCAUUUUCUUGAUCAACAUGGGCCUAUUUAUAAAGUCUUCUCUGGCUAAGAAUAGCUGGUGUACAGUACAGACCAGGGAAUGAAAAUCAUGGUCUAGAUAACCAGUUUUCUUCAGCCUUGGAGAUGUGUCCCUCGGGAACAAGAAAGGCCUGAUUUUUUUUCUU